UGAGUGUAUAUAAAUUCUUUUAACAUUUACGUUAUCGAAAUUACAUUUUUGUUGUGCAAGUUCGUUACAUUAUUUAGUCAUGCGCAUAUUAUCCAGUCAUGAGCGCACAUCGGUAUUUUUCAAUACACUCAUCCGGGUUUUUACUAUUUUGAUAUGCUGUAAACUUUCCUGGAGAAAGUCAGAUACCGCGAAUCGGUUUCAAGUGAAAAACGGCGUGGCUUUAUUUCGCUUACUUUACAUUUCGCGGAAGGUUAAACAUCGGCCUUUCAAUUCUUGUCGGUUUAAAUAUCUCAUCUGCAUUAUAUUUCUUCCUCGAUGCCAGAAUCACGAUGACGAACAAAACCGCAGCGCAAUUAUCUUUGAUUACGCUUGUCACGUUAGCAGCAGUCACUAAUGUACUUGUUUUGCCGUCAUCGUCAUCCCAGGUGGAUUCAUCGACUGCCACAGUAACUCAUGGUCCAUGGGCAGAGGCCCUUGAAACUUGGGUCACUACCCUCAACAAUUCUCGUGCUGCACGUGCGAUGAAAGUUGGUGAUAAGACUGUGAGCGUGUCGACGAAAAUCUCCACGACAAAUAAAAGAGACAUCUCUGAAACCGACCUCUAUUUACUCAGUGGUAUCGAAAAAUUGUCCUACAGAGUGGAUAAUCUAGAAAAACGAAUAAGAAGAGUAGAAGAAUUGGUAUACUACCUUCUCGCUGCAAAUAAUAAUAACAAUAAAAUGAAAGAACCCUGCCCCGCCAAUUACACGAGAAUGGGCAAAAAUUGCUACCACUUCAGCAAUCGCGAUUUCAAUUGGAAAUCAUCGUCCAGUCUUUGCCGUGGAAUGGGCGGGCAUCUGGUCGAAUUUGACACAAUCGAAGAGAGCCAGGACGUAAUCGCUGGUGUGUUGUCGGACUCAAAUUUAAGGGGUAAGAAUUUCUGGACGGGAGGCUUAAAUCCAGGACUUAUAUGGAUUUGGGUCAACAGUGCUAGACCAAUUCACCAAGAUACUAAACAGCCCGUCAUUGGUGAUGGCAGGUGCUUAAAAUUAACUUUUAACCCAUCGUCGAAGAUUUACUUCUACAGAGGCGAAGAUUGCGGUUUAAGGCAAAGAUAUAUUUGCGAAUUGACGGUUAACGAUGAAUCGGCGAACAUGAUUGAAAAGACAGCACGAUCGUUGAUUGAUAAGGACAACUAAGUACAUUCAAUGGCGG